AUGGUUUAUACUUCUGCUGAUUUUACCGAGAUGAUUAUUCUCUAUGGCGAGUGUAAUCGCAAUGCUUCGGCAGCUGCACGCGUUUAUCGUGAGAGGUUUCUGAAUCGUGACAGCUAUCCGGAUAAAAAUGUUAUCCUCCGCGCUCUUCAUCGUAGUCGCGAAUCCGGCAAUUUGAUGCCGAACAACGUCGAGCUAGUCGGUCGACCUCGUGAGGUUCGGAACGUUCGCAACGAAGAGCGCGUUCUCGCUGCUAUCCGUGCGGAUUCAAGUACGAGUACGAGACGGGUUGAACGUCAGAUUCACAUUUCCCGCUCGACAGUGAACCGUAUUACUCGCACUGAGAAGAUCCAUCCUUAUCACAGAAGAAAAGUGCAGAAGUUAGAAGAUGGAGAUUACCGCUUGCGAAUGGACUUCUGUCAGUUCAUUCUUGACUCCAACGACGCGGAUCCAAAUUUUUUACGGGGAAUAUUGUGGACUGAUGAAUCACUCUUUACUCGGGAGGGGUGUUUCAAUCAACAUAAUAGUCAUUGGUAUGAAGACGAAAAUCCGCACAUGACGGUGAACCGUAAUUUCCAAAAUAAAUGGAAGAUUAAUGUCUGGGGUAGAAUUAUCGGUGACCACGUCAUUCUUUACGAAUUACCCGAAACAAUGGACAGCAUCCAAUACCUGACAUUCCUGCGUGAUGAACUUCCUCAACUACUCGGUGAAGUGAAUGAGCAGCCGAUGUGGUUUCAGCAUGACGGAGCACCGAGUCACUAUGCUGGUACAGUGAGAGACUUCCUCAACGGGGUUUACCCUCAAUGUUGGUUGGGAAGAAACGGACCACGAAGGUGGCCCCCUAGAUCACCUGACUUGACGCCACUAGACUUUUUUUUGUGGGGACAUUGCAAGGAAAUGGUCUACUUUGAUGAGCCCCAGGACCAAAUGGAGACCGUGGCCCGCAUUAAUGCUGCUCAGACAACAGUCACUGCGGAAACGCUAGAGGCUGUCCGAAAAAAUCUUCUCAAGCGAUGCCGGCUCUGUCUUCAAGUAAACGGACGACAUUUUGAGCAUCUACUCGAUUAA